AUGGCUCCAACAACAGUGGUCGAAGACAGAUUGACGUCUGGACACCGGCUGUCGCACCCCCCGUCUGGAGAUGAGGUAUACGUCACCGGAGUCUCGGGGUACUUCCCGGAUUCCGAUUCAGUGAAACAUCUACAAGAAAACCUUUUUAAUAAGGUGGAUUUAAUCUCCUCGGAUGACAGACGUUGGAAACUGGCACACCCUGAGAUACCGCAGCGGACAGGCAAGAUCAACAAUGUCAACAAGUUCGACGCCUCCUUCUUCGGCGUCCACUACAAGCAGGCGCACACCAUGGACCCCAUGUGCAGGAUCUUAUUGGAGAAAGCCUAUGAAGCUAUCGUUGAUGCCGGCCUAAACCCAAAAGAGCUUCGUGACACGAAAACCGGUGUUUUCAUUGGCGCUUGCUUCUCCGAAUCCGAGAAAACUUGGUUCUACGAAAAGAUGCAGGUUAAUGGAUUCGGUAUCACUGGUUGCUCAAGAGCUAUGUUAGCCAAUCGGAUCUCCUAUUGGCUUGGUGUAACCGGUCCAUCAUACACCGUCGACUCGGCUUGUUCGAGUUCCCUGUACGCCUUGGAACACGCCUUCAGAGCUAUCAGGGAUGGGCACUGUGACGCGGCCAUUGUCGGGGGAUCAAACCUGUGUCUCCAUCCCUUCGUGUCUUUGCAGUUCUCUAGAUUGGGAGUAUUGUCCCCGGACGGCAAGUGCAAGAGUUUUGAUAACAGCGCUAAUGGCUACGCUCGCUCUGAAGCCAUAGUCGUUUGCUUCCUGCAAAAAGCCAAGGACUCCAGGAGGGUAUACGCACAGCUCCUUCACGCCAAAACCAACUGUGACGGCUACAAAGAACAGGGUAUUACGUACCCAGCCGGUCACAUUCAGAAGUUGCUACUCCGAGAGUUCUACGAGGAGUGCUCGAUCCCGCCGUCCGAAUUGGAAUUCGUCGAGGCUCAUGGAACAGGUACUCGAGUGGGUGACCCCGAAGAGCUGUUGGCUAUUGAUGAAAUUUUCUGCACGGGUCGUUCCGGGCCACUACUCCUAGGUUCCAUAAAGUCGAACCUUGGACAUUCAGAGCCUGCAUCUGGCUUAUGUUCUAUAGCUAAAAUGUGCAUAGCCUACACUACUGGGUACAUUCCACCCAACUUGAACUACAGCAUUCCUCGAGAAGGAGUAUCGGCUCUCGUCGAUGGGAGAAUGAAUGUAAUCACAGACAAGCAGGCUUGGAACAGAGGGAUGUCGGGAAUCAACAGUUUUGGUUUUGGCGGCGCAAACGCUCACGUUCUUUUGAAGAAUGUAGCUAGGGACAAGGUAAACAAUGGAAUUCCUAAAGACGAUCUACCCCGUCUUGUGUGUGCAUCGGGGCGAACCGAAUCAGCUGUGGCGCGAAUCUUUGAUGAUCUUGAAUCCAGGACCGUUGAUGCUGAAUUAGUCAGACUUUUACAUUCCAUCCAUGAUCAAGACAUCGCUGGCCACGUUGUUAGAGGAUUUACGUUAUUGGGUUCUACACCAACGAAGAGUGAGUCAUUAGCUAGAGAUAUCCAAUACUAUUCCGGUGUACGUCGUCCUGUUUGGUUUGUGUAUUCUGGCAUGGGCUCGCAGUGGCCUGGAAUGGGCGCUCAACUAAUGAGGAUACCCGUGUUUGCGGCUGCCAUCGAAAAAUGUAACAAUGUCCUUAAACCAAAAGGCAUUAACGUGGUCAAGAUCAUCACCGAUUCCGACCCCAAAAUGUUUGAUGAUGUUCUGAAUUCUUUCGUCGGUAUUGCGGCCAUUCAGAUCGGUCUUACUGACGUCCUGAAAAGUGUUGGCAUUGAGCCUGACCAUAUUAUCGGGCACAGUGUCGGUGAAUUGGGCUGUGCCUAUGCCGACGGAUGUUUCACCGCGGAACAGAUGAUCCUGUCGGCUUACAGCAGAGGUCUUGCUUCCGUCAAGACGACCCUCAUCAAGGGGUCCAUGGCGGCUGUGGGGCUUGGUUAUAGUCAAAUAAAAUCCAUGUGCCCACCCGAGAUCGUGGUAGCGUGUCACAAUGGCCCGGACUCCAGUACUAUUGCUGGCCCAGCUGACGCCAUGAAAGCUUUUGUGGCUAAGCUGACGGCACAAGGAAUCUUCGCUAAAGAAGUUCCUAGCUCAAACAUUGCUUACCAUUCGAAGUAUGUCGCAGAUGCAGGACCAAAACUACUGAAAUAUCUCAGUCAAGUGAUACCAUCACCGAAGCCUCGCACAGAACGCUGGGUUUCAACCUCCAUACCACAGUCUCAAUGGAAAGAGAGCAAAGCUCGACUAUCUUCCGCUGAAUACCAUACAAACAAUUUACUGAGCCCAGUUCUUUUCGAGGAAGCGUCCCGUUUGAUCCACAACAAUGCCAUAACCAUCGAGAUUGCUCCCCACGGUCUGUUACAAGCAAUCCUGCGACGUUCCUUGAAGAAGGAUGUCAUUAACAUUCCACUGACCCAAAGGGGCCAUAGCGAUAACGUGCAAGUACUAUUGACAGCUCUGGGCAACUUGUAUGAAUCAGGACUGAACCCGCAUCUCGCAAACAUCUACCCUCAUAUACCGUUCCCAGUGUCGCAAGGUACUCCAAUGUUGGCGCAUUUGGUUGAAUGGGAACACAGUGAAGAUUGGUAUGUGACAUCGUACAAGGCUCAGGAUAAGAUGAAAUCAGGAGAACGUACUGUUAGGAUGUCUAUAGUCGAUGAAGACAGCGAGUAUAUGGCCGGACACGUUGUCGAUGGACGCAACUUGUAUCCCGCAACCGGGUAUCUAGUUCUUGUCUGGGAGACUUUGGGUAUGAUGAUGGGAGAACUCUACACGGAGGUAUCAGUAGUAUUCGAGAACGUUCGAUUCCAGCGUGCCACUAAUAUCCCGAAGGAAGGAAACUUGGAGUUCAUUAUUAUGAUACAAAAAGGCAGCGGUAAUUUUGAGAUUGUGGAAAGCGGAGCGUCAAUUGUAACGGGAAGGAUCUAUGCGAAGAAAAACGUAGGUCAAGAUUACCGGGUGUUGCCCUUCCCGAAGGAAGAAACCGGACCUAAUAUCAAACACUUACUCACUAAGGACUUUUAUAAGGAGUUGCGUCUGAGAGGCUAUCAAUAUAGUGGUCUCUUCCGCGGAGUUCUGGGCUGUAACGUAGAGGGGUCCCGUGGUCGACUAGCCUGGGUCAACAAUUGGGUCACCUUUAUGGACUGCAUGCUCCAACUGAAGAUCAUAGGUCAGGACACACGGGGGCUGUUCGUACCCACAAGGAUCGAGAAACUUUCCAUUGACGCAAAAAUGCAUUAUUACGCCAUAUCGAAGAUGAAUCCUGACGCCAAUAGGCAAUCCUUUGAAGUUCGCGUCUAUAACGAAGUGGAUGUUAUAAGGGCAGGUGGAGUUGAAAUUAGAGGUCUCAAUGCAACUCCGAUCACUAAAAGACUACCUUUGGGCGUACCUGUGCUGGAAAAGAAUGAAUUCAUACCAUUCAGCUCUAACACAAAGAUGACCGUUGAGGAUACUCUGAGAUCAGACAUUCAACUUAUACUGGAAAACAUUCAAACGUACAAAGUAAAAACCAUCGAGUUAGUAGACGAAGAAUACAAGAGCAACGCCCUGGAGCCAUUAAUAGAGAAGGUCGGAGAGUUGUUGGGAGAUCUGCCUUUAGUACAAGCUGAGCUUCUUUUGAUUUCUGAAGAUCCUAUUGAAAUGCCGUCAAACGUUACAGUGGAGAACAAGAAAUUGACCGGAGAAACGAAUACCGUUAUAUUUAUUGGGGCGAAUCUGCUAGAGAGACCAGAUGUCCUUCGCCAAGCCAUAUCGACUCUUCGUGACAAAUGUUUCAUCAUAAGUCGCGAGAAAAACCGCCCCGACUCUAAGACUUACGCCGAUAAAUACGAUAUCAUCACUAUACAAGACACGGGAUCAGAAUAUUUAGUGCUCUUUAGAAAGAGGGUGGGGGCUAGACCAGCGAAAUUCGUCAGAAUAGUCACUGCAGAUGAUACCUUCUCUUGGAUUGACAAAGUAAAAGAAGAAUUAAAGGAAGGUCAAAAAAUUGUGUUGUAUAGUCAAGACGAACAUAUCAAUGGAUUAUUGGGCUUGGUUAACUGCUUGAGGAAAGAGCCUGGUGGUGAGAUCGUGUAUGGUCUGUUGAUUAAUGAUCCUUCAGCACCACCCUUCGAUCCCGACCUUGAAUUUUAUGAAGAGCAACUGGACAAAGACUUGGCCAUAAAUGUUUAUCAGGAUGGCCAAUGGGGUACAUACCGUCAUCUUUUACUCGGUGAUUUGGACACAGUAAAAGCUAAGCACGCCUACGUGAACACGAUCACCAUCGGUGACCUGUCCUCAUUGAGAUGGCUCGAAGGACCAUUAAGACCGAACCACGUUUUCAAUAACCCUGACGAAAUACUCAUAAACGUGUACUGUACAGCUCUGAAUUUCCGUGACAUAAUGACGGCGACAGGUCGUGUUACUGUUGACGCUGUGGCCAGUGGGCGACUUGCACAGGAGUGCGUGCAAGGAUUCGAAGUUGUCGGACGGACGGCUAACGGUUCCCGGGUGAUGGGCAUGAUCCGUAAUAAGGGAUUGUCGAAUUUGGCUGCCGGUGAUAAGGCCUUGCUCUGGAGCAUCCCAGACGAGUGGACAUUCGAGGAAGCUGCCACAAUACCCGUCGCUUACGGAACGGUUUAUUAUGCAAUGGUCAUGGUCGCUCAAAUCAAACGCGGCGAGUCAAUCCUCAUCCACGCCGGAUCUGGUGGAGUGGGUCAAGCAGCCAUCAGCGUUGCGCUUCAUUACGGCUGCGAGGUCUUCACCACCGUCGGUACCGCGGAGAAGAGGGCUUUCAUCAAAAAGCUCUUCCCAGCACUCAAAGAUAGCCACAUAGGAAAUUCCCGUGACAUUACCUUCGAAGACAUGGUUCGUAGAGAAACGAACGGAAAAGGUGUCGACAUUGUCCUCAACUCAUUGUCGGACGAGAAAUUACAAUUAAUCUUGUGUUUCUUGGCCUCAGUAAGAUGUCUGACGUACAGAGGUCGUUUCCUGGAAAUCGGAAAGUUUGAUAUCAGUAACAACACGCCUAUCGGGAUGUACUUCUUCUUGAAGGAGACUUCCUUCCACGGUAUUAUGUUGGAUUAUAUAUUCGAUCAGAGCGACGAGUUCAGAAGGGGCUUGCAAGAUCUCCUUCUAAGCGGGAUCAUAAAUGGCGCGGUCCGUCCUCUGACAUAUUGUACGUUCGAGAAGAAUGAAGUUGAAACCGCCUUCCGUUAUAUGGCCGCAGGAAAACAUAUUGGCAAGGUAAUUGUCAAAAUACGCGACGAAGAACCAAGAGAGGAGGGACCAGUAAGACCAACGAUAAUUCCUGUGGAUGCCCUUCCGAGGUACAUUUGCAACGAGAACAAUGUCUACGUAGUGGUCGGGGGACUUGGUGGCUUUGGCCUGGAGCUAGCAGACUGGCUCAUUCUCAGAGGAGCCAGGAAGCUAGUACUGAACUCCAGAAGAGGACUCAGCAAUGGAUACCAAUCCUCAAGACUUAGAGCAUGGACUUCUUAUGGUGCUGAAAUCCACAUCUCCACUCAUGACAUUACAACCUACACUGGCUGCGAAGACAUGAUCAAAAUGGCCAACGCGCUAGGGCACGUGGACGCAAUCUUCAAUCUCGCUGUCGUACUCAAAGACUCAAUCUUCCAGAACCAAACUCCUGAAACUUUUAAGACCUCGUUUGGACCUAAGGCCAUUGCCACAAUGCACCUAGACAAAGUCACCCAGAAGCUUUGUCCCGGUCUGAAGGACUUCGUUAUCUUUUCAUCCGUAUCCUGUGGUCGUGGAAACGCUGGUCAAACCAAUUAUGGUAUGUCCAACUCUGUCAUGGAGAGAAUCUGUGAGUCCAGAAAGAAAAUCGGACUACCUGCUCUGGCGGUACAGUGGGGAGCCGUUGGAGAUGUCGGUUUAGUAGCAGAUAUGCAAGACGAAGACGUCCAGCUAGAGAUCGGUGGAACUCUUCAACAAAGAAUAUCAUCAUGUCUCCUAGCCUUAGAUAAAUUCAUGAAGCAGGACGCUCCUAUAGUUUCAUCCAUUGUGGUUGCCGAGAAGAAGGCCGGCGGCACUGGAUGUGGAAAUAUUGUGGAUGCUGUUGCUCAGAUAAUGGGUAUAAAAGACUUGAAGACCGUAUCACAGCAAGUGUCUUUGGCGGAGUUGGGUAUGGACAGUAUGAUGGCAGUAGAAAUCAAACAGACCUUAGAGAGAGAGUUCGAGAUAUUCUUAACCGCUCAAGACAUUAGGACGCUUACAUUCGCAAGAUUGGUAGAACUGACAGCUCAGCGUGAAGCAGCGGCAUCGACAUCAGCAGCAAGACCUAUAACGGUCGAAGGAGCUGCUGGUUUCCGAGUUUUGUUGAGGAACUUCGGAGACGAGAACUUGGCAUCCGAACCACUGAUUUACAUGCCGACUUUGCUGUCUGAUGGAGUUGAGGGCGAAGAGGUAAUUCAAGCGACAGAGCGUGUGAUGUUCAUGGUACCGGGCUUAGAAGGUUGUGCUGCUGUCCUCGAACCGCUGUGUCGUAGAUUAAAGACAAAGGUCUGCGUUUUGCAACUCGGAGUCGAACAUAAAAACGAAAAUUUGGAACAGAUGGUGGACCGCCUUUACCAGACUGCUAUUUCAAAAAUAACACCGGGAACUCCAUUCUGGCUUCUUGGAUAUAGUUUUGGAUCAUUGUUGACUUUGGAGCUAGCUGCCAGAUUGGAGAGAGAAGGCUACCACGGUGUGGUGUUCUGCUUGGACGGCGCUCCGGAGUUCCUUCACGCGAUCCUCACCAUGACCAUCAGUUUCAAAAACGACUUCCAACUCCAGAACAGCCUCAUCUGCCACACGAUAGACAUCGUGGCCCCGAACAACACAAUCGGGAAAGAGCUAAUGGAAAAACUGAACGAAUAUGAAUCUUACGAGGAAAGAGUUGAGGUCGCUAUUAAAAUGUCUCCCAUACAAACUAAAUAUUCAGACAAAUUCAUCGGUGCCAUAGCUGCGGCGAGUUACGACCGUCUCAAAGUAGUCCUAAACUAUAAUACGAAGACUGUGAACAAAUUGAAAUCGCCGAUAGUUCUUAUGCGUCCGAAAGAGAAUCCUCCUAACGUUACAUGUGAGGACAACUAUAGCUUGGAUAAAUUUUCUGAUAAUUUAACAGUGCAUUUCUUGGAAGGUAACCACGUUAGUAUAAUUGAGAACAAAGAUUGCGCUAAUAUCAUAAACAGAAUGUUGGCUGAACGCGAUGAAAAAACGGGCAAAGUGAGUGAUAAUGUUGUAACUAACAUGUUAGAAAAUCAAAGAGAGGUUAAAGUUUAA